UUCAGACGCGUGAUUCUUGUCGCCAUACCAUCAAAUAUUUCCUUAUUUAAUCAUUUAUGAGCCUAAAAACUAAGUAAGAUAUUUCCCACUUCAACCUAGAAAUAAUUUAUGGAACUGCGCCCUUUUUAUGUUACUAAAUGUUUCGUAAUGUUGUAAUGUUACUAAUGCAUUGGUAACAUGUUUGUUUUAGUGUUAUCAAUUACUUGGAAUGUACGGAAGUUAUUUCCGAGUUUGACGUGGGGAAAAAACUAAUCCAAUGAGUCUGUAACGCGGCUCUCACUAAAUUCUUGGUGUUCGAGUCGGUCGUGUUGACAGUCAGUCUUAUUAUACAAACGUGAGCGGGCGGAAAGUGGGCGGCGUUUAAACACCGAAAAGUCCCUUGCUCACCACUCACUACUCAUAUAACGAGUCAUAACGAUUCAAUUCUGUAAACUUAUUUCGAUUCUUUCGAAUUUCCUCAUUCAUCUGCUGAAAAGAUUAUUGCAUCAUAGUGGAAAGAAGCACAAACCCAUUACUUCAACCUCUUUCUUACAUAGGAGUUUAUAAUUUUUUUUUAACUAAGAUGAUCUAUUCUGUCAUGGCGGACUAGACUCACUAUGGGAUGUCCAGCAGAGAGCAAGGUUUAAUAGGACGCACCCUGUGAUCACGUUUUUUCUAUAGUUUCUAGUUAAAUUGAUUUUGAGUCCGGUGUUUUAUUUUAUAAUGUGUUUUUGUCAGUGUAGUCGAGGUGUUUUUCAUAGUGAUCCAGGCUGAGCUGCGAUCAUGAGUUCUUCUUUAGCAAUUUCAUUUAACAGCUAUCUGGUGUGUGCUGUGUAUGUUUUUUUGGUUAUUGCGUAACCAAUAUUGUGUUAUCCAGUCAUGUUGAAAGGAUCACGAGUCCAUCACAUGGGAUUUCUGGUCAGGGGUCAGGGUUAAUGUAAUAUGGUUUUUUUUCUGUGUAAUUUUUUUGCUUAGAUAUUGCUUCAUUUUAUGCCCUCACACAGACGGGGUGUUACAAUAAAGCCUUUCUCUCUGCUGGACAUCCUGCUCUCUCUUAAUCCAAAUGGAAAUCCUACAAAAUAAUGCUUUCCUUCGGGGAUUGUGUCGUAACAGCGGCCCCGCAGAUCUACAGUAUGAUAACUCCUCAGAACUCUUUCGUAUAUCUACUUACGCUAAAUUCCCCGCCACCGCACCGGUGACAGAAAGGAGUCUCGCACGUGCCGGAUUUUACUACACUGGAGUUGGCGAUCGUGUCCAGUGUUUCCGGUGCAACGUGACUGCUGAGAACUGGCAGGCAGGUGACUGCCCUGCUGAAAAACACAAACAGCUGUCUCCCAACUGCAGUUUCAUUCAGAGUUUACCCGCUACCGCAAACCUCCUAUCUUCUUCCCAUUCCGCCUUCUCUCCGCUCCGCAAUGUUGCUAUCCUACAGCUGUCAGCCCCUGCAUCGGCUGGAGCAUCAACCACGGCCGUUUCCGGCCAGACGGAGGACCAGGUGUGUUACUUAAACAUGGGAUUCAGCAACCUGGCCCCUUCCAGUCCCAUAACGUCUCGUGGAGUGGAGGACAUGUCUCACCAAAGACCUCCAGCUUGUCACAAUCCUGGCAUGCGUCGGGAACAGGAACGACUGGAUACUUUUCAGAAUUGGACUGUUGCUACCAUAACUCCAGCUGAGCUGGCCAAAGCUGGUUUUUACUACCUUGGCCAAGGCGAUAGGGUGGCUUGCUUCAGUUGUGGAGGACAGCUUAGCAACUGGGAACCAGGAGAUAGGGCAGUGUCUGAGCAUCAGAGGCAUUACCCAAACUGUCGCUUCGUUCGAGGUGAUCGUGCAGAAAACGUUCCGUUAAGUGGUGGCGGCCUUUCCAAUGUUUCUAAUUCAGCAAUGCAACAGUGUGAGGAAAGACUGCUGACAUUUGUCAACUGGCCCUCUAGAAUACCAGUACGACCGGACCAGCUGGCUAAAGCUGGCUUUUACUAUGUUGGUCGCAACGAUGAUGUAAAAUGCUUUUGUUGCGACGGUGGACUCAGAUGCUGGGAGUCUGGUGACGAUCCAUGGGUUGAACAUGCAAAGUGGUUUCCAAGAUGCGAAUACCUUCUACAAGAAAAGGGCCAAGAUUUUGUUAAUCAGAUUCAAGCUAGAUUUCCAAGACUUUUUGAACAACUUUUGACAAAUGGAGAUAGUAACUCAAGGGAAUUUGUGGAUCCUCCCGUUGUACACUUGGGACCCGGAGAGGACCGCUCAGAAGAUGCAGUGAUGAUGAACAAUCCUGUUGUGAAGUCUGCUUUAGAGAUGGGAUUUGAACGUGGCCUGGUUAAGCAAACUGUCCAGAGCAAAAUUCUGACAAGUGGAGAGAAUUAUAAAACUGUUCAGGAACUGGUAUCUGAUUUAUUAAGUGCAGAAGAUGAGAAGAGAGAGGAGGAGAGAGAGCUCCUCGCAGAGGAAAUGGCCUCAGAUGGUUUCACUUUCCUUAAGAAACAUCACGCUGCCUUGACACAGCGUCUUAAAAGCGUACAAAGCUUAAUGGAUCAUCUUCUUGAGGAGAAUGUUAUUUCACAGAAAGAAUAUGAUAUUAUACGUAACUGCACUUCAGUCAAGCAGCAAACAGGGCAGCUCAUCGAUUUAGUUUUGUCAAAAGGAAAUGCAGCAGCAGAGGUUUUCCGCAACUGGAUCAAAAAGAAUGACGUGUACCUGCUGAGAGAACUGAUGGCCCUGACAAAUGAAGCUGUAUCACCGAGUCAAGAUCUUUCAGACUUGCCCAUGGAGGAACAGCUGAGAAGACUACAAGAAGAACGUACAUGCAAAGUGUGCAUGGAUAAGGAGGUUAAUAUCGUCUUUAUUCCCUGUGGGCACUUGGUGGUGUGUAAAGAAUGUGCACCUUCAUUACGCAAGUGCCCAAUAUGUAGAGGAUUGGUCAAAGGCACUGUCCGUACCUUCCUUUCAUAGUAUGAAAAGUGGAUAAAUAAUUAAAUAAAACUCUGCGAUUGUCUGUAGUCUUACAUCUUUUUAAUUCAUUAACAUCUUUGGACAAAAUGUGGAUUUGGCAAAGGAAAUAUAAUAAAAUUAUAUAAACACAA